AAGGAAAUAACACCGACAGCGGUGGCAAUCAUAUAAAUUAGAAAAAACGCCUUACUUCAUACCUUUUUGUUUUUUAUUGUAAUUUGAAACAAAAAAUAAAAAUAAAUACUUCCAUUUACUAAAGAGUGAAAUAUAAUUAAAAUGGGUGAGCGGUACAACAUUCACAGUCAACUAGAGCAUCUUCAAAGCAAAUACAUUGGCACAGGUCACGCCGAUACUACCAAAUAUGAGUGGCUAACGAACCAACACCGAGAUUCAUGCUGCAGUUACAUGGGACACCCAGAUUUGUUGAGUUACUUUGCAAUCGUUGAGAACGAGUCCAAAGCUCGAGUGAAGUUUAAUUUAAUGGAGAGGAUGCUACAACCAUGCGGCCCACCGCCAGAAAAACCCGAAGACUAAUUUUCUAAUGUAAAAUUUGUGACAAUAAAUUUAGCUUAUAAGUU